AUGCCUAAAGAUCCCAUCGAGAAAAAGAGCAAAAAGGUCAAAGAGCCUUUUGUUAUACCACCUGUGCCAACAAAACCACAGCAAUGUCACUACUAUGUGCUCAGAAAGAGAAGAUAUUGUGGCUUGCCUGCCAGAAAGGACCUGAACUAUUGUGGCGAGCAUUUAAAUGAGAAGCCUGACAAGGAGGGAUUGCCCAAACGAAUUCCCUGUCCCUAUGACAACUCACACACCAUUUUUGAAAAGGACCUUGAAAAGCAUUUGAAAUCGAGAUGCAAUGCAAGACCCAGAGAACCGCCAGUGUGUCAUUCACUCAACAUCAACUGCACCUUGCCACUCUCAGAAGAGGAACUGGAAUUUCAAAGAAACAUCUACUCUCACCAAAAGAUGUUUGUUCAGCCAUGGCUUGCUAGAGUGCAAUUACAUGAGCUGUCCAGAGAGGAUUUGGAUUCCAUCAUCAGCAAGGUCACUGUCGCUUAUGAUGCCAACGUAGCACCCAUUCCCAUGGAGCAACUCACACAUCCUUCCUCUGAAAAGAAAAGAAGCACCAUACAAAAUACCAAGCAUUUAGAUCAGCUAUCCUCCCUGAUGGGACACAUGGAGAAGAACAACAUGCUCAAGGACAAGACAGCUUGUUUUGUCGAAUUUGGUGCCGGUAAGGGAGAUCUGUCCUUGUACGUCAAGACGGCAGUGGAUGAGGAGAAUGGAGAGGCCACCUAUUUGUUAUUGGACAGAAAGAGUGUGCGCAACAAGACUGAUCUGACACUUCAAGGCCGUUCUGAGAACAAGUCCCGAGUGCAGCGUCAAUUGAUUGAUAUCAAAGAUUUGGAUUUGUCCAAAGUGGAGUGCAUUGCUGACAAUAACAAGAAGGUGGUGGCUGUUUCAAAGCAUCUGUGUGGUUGUGCAACUGACAUUUCGCUCAAAUGUCUCAUGAACUAUGUUGAAACUGAAAAACUCAAGGGGCAAACGGAUCCAAUUCAGGGCAUCAUUAUUGCUCUUUGCUGUCACCAAAUUUGUCGUUAUGAAAUGUAUCCCAAUCAAGACUAUUUAAAGGCAAUUAACAUGUCAAAGAUCGAAUUCGAGAGAAUGUGCAAAAUGACAAGUUGGGCGACAUGCCAUAGUGGUGGAAGCAACAAGACAGCAAAGAAAUCGGACGCUGAAUCUACUGAGGAGGAUGAGCAUGCCAAUAACAAUGAAGAUGGUGAUGACAAUUCAGACGAAACAACAAACCAUUUCUCUGGAAGGGAUCAUAAGGAGAGAGAAAGCAUUGGAUACAAGUGUAAACGUGUAAUUGAUGCUGGCCGUGCUAAAUACCUCGAGCAAUUUGGCUUUCAUGUAAAGUUGGUCUAUUAUGUGGAUUCUGCUACAAGUUUAGAAAAUUGUGCUCUGAUUGCUACUCCCAAAUAA